CUCGCAAGCUCCACCAAAUCAAACGAUUCAAUUUUCUGCUUUUAAUCAAGAAAACAAAGUUGAGCUCACUAAUGGUAUCCAAAUUACGCUUCCAGCUUUUUCUUCUUCACAGUGUCUAAUUUCAAGGAGCACACCUUCUUCCAUGACUCCGAUUGCACAUGAUAUGUCGGAUGCUACCGUUAACACUGCGAAUUCGCAGCAGAGCCCCAUCACACCAGCCAUAACUGUGUUGAACUCCGCACCAGUUGUAACUAUUCCCACAAAAACGUUUUCCAAAGCUACAGAGAAAAAUGAACUACAAUUACUUGCGACUGAUGUAGAUUCGAGUGAACAAGGUCUAAGUUUUUUGACAAAGCCAGUCGUUCUCCCAGGUGAACCACAACUUAUCCCUGAUUCGGUGAGUUUUUCGAUUGUGACGACUACAAAUUCCGCAAACGUACCUUCAGAACUGACAGCUCUAUCAACUUCAACUGCUUGUACAAAUGCCAAUGCAUUGAUUAUUCCUGUCAAUAACCUAGACACCGAUUUUUCUGUUACCCAAAGCACUUCUGUCAUUCAACCCGUUCUUCUGCCAUCUCUGAGCACAUCCGUACCUUCUCUGGAUAUUCUCUCCAGUGCUAACGUCGCGUACUGUUCCACGGCAGUGAUUUAUCCAACAUCUUCUUUGUCAACCGCAUCGCUUAGUACAAAUUCGUCUCUUACCUGCACGACUUCAAUGUUGCCGACGGUUGAUGGCGGUGCAUUAUCCCACGAACGCAAUGUGUCAACAAUUUCUGGACACCAACUCAUGCCCAUGACAAGCUCAUGUGAAAUACCUCUGAUAGUUUCUACUUCCACAAAUACGUCAUCUCUUACCCCUCAAAAUAUUAGCCAACCGCUCACUGUACCCAAUUUUUCCUGUCAGACACCUAUGGUUGCCUCGAUUACCCUCGGACCUCAUCAGUCGCUUCCCGUCGUUUCAUGUUCACAACCGCUCCUUAUCCAACUCCAGCCUUCUGGGAUGCCUGUAUUUCCCGAUAGUAUUGCACCAAUAAGAGAACAAAAUGUUCCUAAUCUUUCAAAGACGCAUGCCUCGUAUCCCCAACAAACUCCAAGUAUAAAUCCGAUGCCUUGUGUACCGGUCGCGGCUCAUCUUCAGUCGGUUGAUACAAAUAGCAGUAACAAUUGCAUUCUACCAAUACGCAGUAUCAGCACCUCCAAUGCUUAUAACAGUGGAGUUGAUUCGCAUCACGGUCCUACAGUAAUGUCACAACUAUUACCUUUGAGUGCAACAGCUCCUGCAACUUGCUUGAAGGUCUCUGUUGGGAGCUCUGUUGGUGGAGGUUUGAAUGUCCCACUUCCAGGAUUUAUCAAUCCUGUUGAUAUGAACGUGACGCGUUAUCAAAUAAGCGCAUCGCUACCUAACCCCGUAGUCAAUGACGCUCCUAGAUCUGAACGGUUUUCUUCGAAUAACGUUGGACAAACGACGUCUUCACAUCCUCCUCCAAUUAGUUUUCUUCAUGCUGCUCUGAUGGCUCCAAAGAAUGAAACGACAUUGGCGCCGAAUAACCAGCAAAAAAGUGCUAAAACCAACGCUGAAACACCUGCUAUUCAAACCACUGCUGUCCAUGGCCAAGUAACUCUGACAAGUUCCGUGAAUAGUCAAAUAACAUCGAAUAAUUCGGUAAGUUCUAUUGGAAAUAUUGAUAAUGGAAUUUCACUGGACAUUGGUUGCCCGACAUCAAAUAAUAUCACAAUCGAAGAACUGCUGUCCCAAACAGAUGCUCCCAAAUCAGUUCCUGGCACCUGUGGUUCAAUAAAUGCCACAAGGCCGAAAGAUGGCCCUCGAGGGCCUUCAUCUUCCAGUGAUGCAAGCCACGAUUUGAUGCGCGCACCUCACGAUGUUCCCCUUCUCCCGCAACUGAGCGUCGAUAAUUCUUCGACCGUUAACAUGAAAUCCAUGGAAAGAAACUUCCCCUGCACUGAACUAAAUAAUCAGUUUCAUAGUUCCCCAUCGAAUGUAACUCGUCUUGCUCCGCCUCAGAAUCAUUUUGAACGCACUCCUAUAACUUGUGAAAAACUAGACUUCCUGUCGGAAUUGACCCUGGCCAAAAUUACUGCUGCUCCUUCUGUAUCUCAAACUAACUCCGUGCUUCGUAUUGGACUUUUGUCAGAGGAAGAGCAACGUUUAGAAGCCCGUCGCUUACGAGAGGCGGAAGAAAAGUACAAGGAAGAUAAAAAGAAAUCUAGCCAUCAAAAUAUUUUGAGCCCAAUUGAUAGUCGACCUCCCAGUCAGCUCCAUGCUUUAUUGCAAGAUCAAACUAGAAAUAGAGAAUUCCCAACAAAUCCUGGCAUGUCGACUUCGCUUGAAAAUUUUAGGUCAGAAAUUCAGCAAAAUUUGAAUGAACGCGAUCAGAAUACUUUUUGUGAAAGGAAACAGCUUUUUGUUCAGCAAAAAAUUGUACAAGAGGAUCAAUCUAAAAAACUACUUGAAGAUUCUAAACAUCGAGGUAAUAUUUUAUUAGAAAAUGCGCCAGCUUGCGAUGGAAAAGCCCUGAUUGAUCGGGAACCUAAUAGCUGCAAAAGUGCUCAAGAUGUUUGUGGAAGAGAAAGCCAAUGUCCUCAAGGAAUUGACAGGAAAGGAAGAGAAGAAAUUGAAAGUUCAAAAAGGAGCGAAAUAUUUCAAAAAACCCCUGAAAAUCGGAGUGUCGCAGAACAAUAUAAAACGGACAGACUUAGAAUCGAAAGUGCGAAAGUAGAUUAUCCAGCAAUGGAUCUAUAUCGUAUUCCCGAAAUUUCAAGGCCAGCUCAACAAUUCACAAGAGAUGGCAUUUUAAACCGUGAAAAAGCUGGGCGGGAGCUGGAUGGACUGCCAGAACCAAAUAAAAGAGACAAUUUUCAGGUUCAAAGCAUUGCCCGUGAGUGUUCGCAAAAAGGAAUUUAUUUUCCAGUGAACAACGACGCAAUGAAUAAGCUCUCAGACUCAGUUGUGGAGCAUAGUAAUCUCAAUCCGAUCGAUCGGGCUGCAAGAGAAAUGGGUGUAGCUGAAAGAAAGCAGGUGGAUCAACGUGGUAUUUGCCAAAAUUUUUUUAAUCGCCCUAAAUCAAAUUUCGAGCACCAAUCGUCCUUUCAACAUAGCAUGGCAGAGCAACGCCCACCGUUUCAUGCUAAUCGACCAUGGUCAACUUCUCCCUAUCAAGUACCUCCAUUACGCUCAGGUUUACAUCCAAGUCUGAAAUUAUUACACCAGCAAAACACGCCUCAACCUCCUCCAAUCGAUAGGAAUACCAGUUUUCUAGGUCCAGCAGGAUUCAAACAAGGCCAUGCAUUCCCGCCUGGUCGAGAUCUAUUGGUAAGUCAAAUACGACAUCCAGCACCUGAAGGACGAUUCCCACUUCCGACCGGUUUCCGACCAUCUACAGCUGAAAUGUCUGGAGGCAAUGUAAUUCGAAUGGGAACCCAAUUUUUAGAUAUCAAUCAACAUGGCAUUUCUGCAUCUUAUUCCAGACCCGUGAGGAUGGCUAACACUGGAAAUAAUCAUCACAUUCAUCAUCUCCUUGGCGAGCCAAGGGAUCCGGCCCGUGGAACUGUUCCCAAUCAGCCAACGAUCGUUUCAAGUAGUGCUGACAUGCCACCUAGUGUCAGUAGAGAAUUAUUUUCAAGGCAUUUGUUGGCGAACGCAUCAUCUGUCAUCGAUUCUCCCGUGGGAUGGAAAGAUUCUUCUCAGUACCGAAAAUACAUCAGCAGAAACGCUGAUAGCUCCUCUUUGAUCCCAGAUGUUUCAUCAGUGCCAGUUUUCCCUAGAAAUGUAGGUUUCGACCCAAAAAAGAAUGAAACUCCUCGUGCAGAAAUGGCCCAACCAGCUAAUUUCAACACUGUUCGGUCAGCUUCAAGUAAUUUAUAUGCACACCCAGAGCAUCCUUCUCAGAAAUAUUCUGUUAAUAACUCACCUGACGGUAAUCCUCAAACUUCACCACUUUCACUCGUCAUGAGCACUAAGCAAUUGGCUGUUCCGAACUGCUCCUAUAACAGAUCUACGGAACUGUUAAGGUCCCUUAAGCAAACAGAGUUUUCUGUGGAAGCUAGCUCAAAUUUGAAUUUGUAUUCCGAUGAACGUUCUAAUCCCUCACGAACACACCUGCCCUUUAUGUCGUAUCCUGCAUCAGCUAGUGUAAAUACUCAACCCCCACCCUGUCCGCAAGGUAUCUCACCAGAUAUAACUCCUGUAUGUUGUGCACCUGUUCAAUCGUCAUACGCCUCAAAUCGUAGACAAAGUGUUAAUGAUACUUACCUCAUAAUGGAGAAGAUUAAUCAGGAGUGUAAUUUCGAGAAUAAGAAUCGGUCAACGCCAAAUAAUUUGGAUGAUAGGAGUACUGCUAACACCAGUUUUUCUACGUCCGUGCCUCCUAAUCAGGUUGGUACACCAGCCAGUGAGAAAUCGACUGUAAUAAUACCGUGUCCUCCCUCAAGCAGCUGGCUGCAGUUCUCAGCUCCUGGAAAAGACCUUUUGAAUGGAGGAUCUACUAGUCUAUACAAUCCUGGACAUCAGCCGGCUAAUCAUAAUUUACACAAACCUGUUUCUCCUGAGGAUAGCCCCAUUAAUGUGGUCGAUGAUGCUCCGGAUCCACUAUUUCCCAAUCCUGAGUUCAACAUCCCUUCCCUGAAUCCCCCCCUUGUGUCACCUAAACUCAAAGAACUGUCCGUCUUAGAAGGUCUCGGAAAGAAAGUUGCUUCCCAAUUAACGUUUUCGAAAGAACAACGGGAAACUCGAACCGUUGCACCAGUUCCCGGUAAAGCUUUAGAAAGUGAUUUAGCUUUGAGGCUAGGUCCUGACGGAACGUUUUUAGAAUCUCAAGGCCAUCCUGAGGAGUCGAGUCGACUUAGAAAAUUCUUGAAGCGUUAUCAGAGAGUAUCUGUUGAUCAACCUCGUUCGGAAAGCCACUCUUCGUUCUGUUCCGACGCAACUCCAUUCCAAGAAAAUUUUCCAUUCUUGAAAAAUUUGGAUGAUAUUGCUAAUCAAGAGAGAAACGAUUUCUCCGUUGAAAGCUUUGAACAAGCACAUUUAAAUUUAGAAAAUGAAUCGACGAGAAAUAAUGGGGUGCCAUCUGACUCAAGAAGCUUUACAACACUUGCUGAACGCCACAUUCGCAGUGAAACCGCUAAACUGGAUUCAGUCCAUCAGGCAGAUCUUGAUAUCACGGAAAAAGAUCUGACAACCACCGAAGGAAGUGUGGUCGAAUCACUAGCGCAGUGUCCACGAGUUAGGGAUGUUGCUCAGAGUGAUCAUUUCCUCAUAAAUCCUCCUCCGCUUGAAAUUUCUUCGACAGCACCUCAAUCGACUUUCACCGAAACUUCUGAAUCUGGAAUGAGAUUUGAUCGUUCGAUAAGUAGCAUACCAGUGAGUAUUGUGGAUUUCAAUGACGGCUCAGGGUUUGGAUCACAGUCGUCUAAUUGUGUCUCCAAGGUUUCAUACUCGGCUAAUCAGGUGUCGGAUUGCAUCGACACAUUCGCAUCAACCCAGCUUGUCCAAGCGAACUCGCAUUCUGCCAAUGAAACUAUUGUUGACUUGCCCUCAGAAAAUCUGAUUGAUGCUAAAUCAGCUACGAUGCUCAGUAGGGGCUCAGUAAUAUCAGAAGCCCUGUCCUCGUCGUCUACCAACAAUAAUUUAUCCGCCAUCAAUUCAUCUGACUCACCAUCUUCUUUCUCUGCAUCAAUUCUUGACCCCCCUAUUUUUCAAACUGAGACUCGAAUCGAUCAUCUUACACAAACUUCUGAAUCUAAUACAGUUAAGCCUGUUCAAGAUGCGUCAUGUGAGAACGCCAAAAGUAGUAAAAACUCCAUUUUAGGGCCUUUAUCCGCAAUUCUCUUAAAAGAUGAGGCUUUAAUUUUGAACGACGAUAGCGAUGCCGAUUCGUCUUGCAACCUCAAAAUGAGUCGAAUAUUAGGAAGAAGACGCCACAGCACAUCCAGUCAUAGUAGCAAAUCCCCAGGGUGCGAUUCGCGAGCUUUGUCCCCAGCUGUUUCGCAGUUUUCACUCUCUCCCAAAGAAGGUAAUGAAACUGAAUUAGACUUGCACGAAAAAUCGAAAUUGAUCCAUCUCUCUGACGCUUGUCCACAGAAUAAAGAAGACAAGGAAUCUCAUCAACUUGCACAGUCUAAUAAUGAUGUUUGCGAUGGUAAUAAUGAAACCGAUGCGAAUGAAACAGUUCCUAGUGGAGGCUCAAUAAUUACUGGAACCGCGUCAACGUUUCAGCAACUCGAAUCCAACGAGAAAACACAAUCCUAUUAUUCCGAAACGUUUCCUGUACCCCUCUCUGAAGGCUAUAUUGACGCAGGAACAAUAAAUGACAAUGGUCCUCUGAAAACUAUCGAGUUGUCGUCAAUCAAAGAAACUGAAGUGAACGUGUCUCCAAAAUCUCCGCAUUUACCAUCUGCUGAUUUACAGAGAAGCGAAAGUAUAUCUAAUGAAGGACCCAUUGCAGAAAGUGCGUCUUGUGCUCCAACAUUGAAUCCAUCUCAACCCUCAUCAGAUGUGGACACUAGUUCACUUUUAGAAAAUGUUGGGAUUGUGAAUGAACUCAAACAUACUCUCAAAACUCCCACUAAAGCUAGUAUCAAAGAAUUUCCGGAAGAUUUUCCAAUUAUUUCUGUUGAAGCUAAGUCCGCCAACCUUGUUAAAAGCAGAAAUAAGUCUAAAAAAACGAAUGUUAAGUCCAGAAAGCCCCCUAAAAAGAAAACUUACCUAGUAAGUGAUCUGCCCGAGCAAAUUGCUCAAAGAACAACUCGGUCCACUAGAGCUGCAGCGAAAGUAUCUUAUACAGAGUUUUUCGACAACGAACCUCCCACGCCAGUUUGUCCUCCAGUUCUUGAACACAUUGAAGCUGGAACAAUUACAAGCAAUGUUCGAGAUCAUAUUCGUCUGAUGCAAAAUCCUUCCAAAAAGAAGCGUGGGCGACCAAAGAAAAUUGUAUCAAAUCAACCCCCUGCUCCUACUUCAGCAAAGUAUUUAUUGGAGGGCCCACCAUUGCCAACGGAAAUUCAAAUCGUUACCUCUUCUACGAAUCCUACCUCAGCACUACAAUUACAUGAACAGUCUUCCAAUAAUUUUGCAAAUUCAAUAUCUAGUGAACCGGCUUCGAAGCCUGCAGACGCAAGCUUCAAAUUACCGUUACACAAACCUCUCAAGCUCACAAUCAAGCGAACACUUAAAGGAGCAGAAGUGAAGUACACUUCGACAAACGACGAGACUAUAUUGCACUCGCACGGUACUAAAAAUGCCUGGCAACGCGAUGAAUGCGAGAGUCGAAUUUUAUUACCGAGGAAUCCGCGAGAUCCUUUAGGCAUCAACGACCUGAGUGAGUUCUCUUCUGUGGUCCCAACUCCUGAAAAUUUUGACACGGAUACCGAAAAUAUUCCCGUGGCUGAUCGACUUAAAAAUUUGAAACAGAGAAGAUCCAACAAGUCGCUUUUGAAAAUAUCGAGGAAAUUAGUGAAGCGUUCGAUUAGAACACCUGCUCAUGAUCCCAAUUACAGUUACCUCACUACACCAAACGCUACGCCGCUGCAUUUUUCCUCUGGUUAUGGAAGUUUCACUCCUGUGUACACUCCUCUUCAUCGAAUUAGCUACGAUGGCCCUGGAUCUACUCCGUUACGAAUUCAAGGAGGCGAUUUCAAAAUCCACCUGGUUAAAAAGCAUAAGCCAAGAUUGACGAUCGGCAACAAUCCUAAUAAUUCAAUAAAGAAAAUCAGGAAAAUCCGCAGAUCCCCCAAGAAGAAGAACCAAAAUGCAUUAUUCGUCAAUGAAAAAUCUAAAUCAAUCGAAGAAGGAAAUCUAUUCACAUCGUCAAACAGGAACUUCACCGUUGGUGAGGAGUGUCCUCGUCCAUUUUCCUGUGUAAAAGGUGGCCGAGACCAGGAGAACGAUGCUCUGGUAGGCGGAAAAACUAACACAGCGUUGGAAACGUCCAGCAACUUACCAUCCGAGAAAAAAUUUGUCUCGGAAGGACAAGCGAAUUCUCUCGAUGAAAAUUGCAAUGCGACGCAUACGAGUUUGGCUGCAGGGAAAGAUAAAAUAAUCCUGAAAAUACGUUUGCCAACCAAGUCGCCUGAAAUUGACAAAUCAAUUGCUUCGGUUUCCUUUACAGAAAGGAACAAUGUUUCGGUUCAACUGGUUCCUCCACAGGAACUACAUCCUCCAAAGCUACCGCCCCUUAUCAUCAAGAUGGGUCGUGUUCAGUAUACUGGCUCCUCUAUCACCACUGAAGAAAAUCAAAGUGACCCAUGCUCUAUAAGCAGAGGUUGUGAAGAGGUAUUAAAUUCAGAAAAUGCUAGAAUUCAUGAAACAUCUGCUCAAGAAGAAACGAUUGCAACACCUCCAACCGAUGAUAUUCGAGUUCCUUUCCAGAUCAAUUCAGCGACUGCUGUUCAAAGAAAAGUAAGUCUACCUCUAAAAGCGGAGCUGAAGAAUCAAAGAGCUUCACUGAGACAAUCCGCUCCUUUGGAAGAAAACAAUGUCUGCAUCAUAGACAGUUCAACUGUUUGCGAUGUAAACAAGAAACUUGCUCCACUUUCUCAGUUAACUUGCAAUAAUAAUGAAGCGAUCCCACAACGUGAAAUUCCAACUCUCAACGCACGGCCCCUGGACAGUAUUGAAAAAGAAUUAGCAGCAAUUGUUGGAGACCCUUAUUUGACACCAAGGCAUGAAAUUCAAUCUACCUGCUGUGUGAGCACUUCUCAAAAAACAACAGGUACUCCAGACAUUUUGCACAGCCAAAAGAAAGAUACUUCUUCUGAAAUGGAUAAUUUUGAGUUACACUUAGCAGCCAUUGAUGAUUCUCAUGUUCGUACGAAGGAUGGCUUGCACCGUCAAAAGGCAAAACUGGUAGCAAUUCUUUUAGAUAAAACAACCGAGUAUGCAAACUCUCAACUGCCUUCUUGUGACCAUGAAUGUAGGAUCCAAGCGCAGGAACUCCGUUCUUUCGAUGUAGUAAAUACAACAACUUCAACCAGCAAUGCAAUGGUUUCAGGUUCAAGAAACUCCAUUCCGGAAGCAAUUGUCCUUCCGAAGAAUUCUGAUCAUAUGUCAGUGACAGAAAACACAACCCUAAAUACUCUACGGCAAGAAAAUGAAAUUUCUCAAAAUGCUCUCGCCACUCCAGUGGCUGAUUUCAAACUGCAUAACGACCCUAAAGUGGUUGUUCAAAAUUUGAGCUCAAAUGAAAUCAAUUCUCUUCAAAAUCGUAUGCAAAUAACUCCCGAAAUGGAACAUAAAAAGCUUCCUCAAUCACCUCCAAAGUUGCGAAAUAAGAAUAAUGUCCCUCAGAAAGAUGUUCCAUCUGAAAAAGAAUUCUCGAGAGCAACGAAGAGGAUUUUCACUGACGGUGAGGUAGAAUCUAGUAGACGAUCUUCAUGCCCUGGCAAAAUCCGAAAAAUAAUGGCUGAAAGAGACCGUCAAAGGGAACUUGGGACUCACAAUGAGUAUGAAUUUCGCGAAGAAACUGAAAUUGUGUCGGUCAGUGGUGAGUCUUCCAGUGACCUUAGUUUACAGGUUAGAGAUAUAGGACUUGCUAAUUCCAUCAGAGAAAACAUGCCCGAUUCCAAUAAGACGGUUAAAACUAAUCGAACUGUAAGCACAUCAUUGGCAAGUAACUCUCAGAUUCUAAAAACCCAAAGUAAAAAGAGAAAAUCUGAUUUGCCCGGCCCUAAUUCAGAUGUCAACUCGCAGGCUUCCGAACGUCAAUCAAACUUAGAUAACUCAGAGAAAAAAUCUCCUAGGAAGAGAAGAAGAAUAUGUUCGAUCAAAAGUGAUAUAAAAUUGAAAAUGAAAUCAAAACUACCCGAGAGUAAUUUGGACGUAUUACCCGUUGCCAAGCCAUUGGAAGGGAAAUCGGUUUUCAACUCAGGGGGUUCGGUAUCUGUGCCUCCGUGUGAUCUGGAAGUUUGUAGUGCUGCAUCAAUUAAUGUAGAUCAGGACAAUAUUUCUCGUAGCAAUCGUGAUGAUAGUCUGAGAACUGAGAGUGGAAAUGUGGCGUCGACACCCGCAAACAACUGCACAAGUUGUUCGCCUUCGUUGGGACAUCAAUGGGCUUUCCAGUUGGGAGAUUCUAUCGAUGAAAACGCUACCGAUUACAAGGAUUCAUUGUUUAACUUGAGUUACAUGACACCUCGGCCCGAUUGCGGUGAAAACAACUUCCUCCCGGUAUCUGGAUCUCUGGGGCAAACUCCCAACUAUCGAAGCUCUCCUGGCUCCCCCGCCUCUGCUGCGGCAGAAGCUCCAAUGGAAGACACUUCAGCUAGCGAACGCAGACUGCCUCGCUUACAGAUCCAUGGAAGGUGCUAGUCGACGAUCUUUUGGCUCUUUUCCUUCGUUCCCCUCGGAGGUUUCCCUAA